AUGGUCGAGCACUGCAAGCGUCUCCGCGUGCAAUACCGCCCUCAACCCCGACAAUCCUGGCACCUCCUCAAAAACCUCAGCAAGCUCAACGGCGGUUUGAAUGCGGGCAUCGCAAAAGUAUCCUGCAGCAACCCCUCCGCACGAGGCAUGGUCUUCAUCGAAAAACGCUUUGGGGCUCAAGAAUUCAAGUACAGAGUUGCUCAUCGCGAAAUUCAACUGCUGCACCAGAUAAGCGAUCACAUGAACAUUGUCACAAUGGUUGAUCAUUUCCUCGACAAAGGAGCGCUACGCGCGGCCGUGUACCUGGAGUACUGCGAUCUGGGGAGUCUGGAUGCGGUAGUAUAUCAAGUCGCCAAAGGAAGGCAUGUCCACGAGCGUAAGGUGUGGAGCUGGUUUUUCCAGCUGUGCGGCGCGCUGACGUAUUGUCAUUGGGGACCGGAGCCUAGCAAGAGCGAUGACGAGAUUUUUCAGUCGGGGUGGAGUAGGAUUUAUCAUCGGGAUGUUAAGCCGGGGAAUGUGCUGUUGACUAAAGAGGGGGGACAGAUAGUGGUGAAGCUGGCGGACUUUGGAUGUGGAGUUUCCGAGGACCAUAUUGCGCAGGCGCAGAGCGAACAACUUGCUAUAAAGCAGCAAGUGGGAACGCCGGGGUUCGAUGCACCAGAGUAUCCGUUCUUUGGGGGAGCGUCGGAUGUCUGGCAGCUGGGGGUUACGAUGAUGUGCUUGUGCACGGGGACCAUGUCGCCGAAGAGUCGCAUGAAUCCUGGUGGUCAGAUAUGGGAUAAGUCGAGACCAGCGGGAGACAGUUAUUCGGGCAGGCUCAAUUCGAAGAUCAAGCUGUGUAUGGCGACAAGGCCCCAGCAGCGAUCCACCUCCUAUCAAAUUUUGCAACUAUUGGACCAAGCAAGUGUGACAGAAAUGUCAACGUUGUCCAAGGAUAGGCGUCCGCUGGCACUAUUCAAGCCAUACGACCGAGAGAGCCCUCCAGUGAUGAAUCAUAUGCCAGCAUUCGAGUCAGGACCCGAAUGGUCAGUAUUUCUGGCUCAAGGCGGAAGGCAAAGAUGGAAUCAGAUGAAUGCACCGGCCCUUUCAUUCUUUUAA